AUGUUCGAGAAGACGCUUUCGGAUCUUGUGAAGGGUCUUAGAUCCAACAAGCGACGUGAAGCAGAGUAUGUAUCCAAAUGUAUUGCAGAGAUCAAGGAAGAGCUUCAAAGCAAAGACAAGAGUCAUACUGUCAAGGCCAACGCGGUGGUAAAGCUGGCUUAUUUGCAAAUGCUCGGAUAUGAUAUGCAAUGGGCUUCCUUUCACAUUGUCGAAGUGAUGUCAUCUCCUGGUUUUGCUCAAAAGCGUUUAGGAUAUCUUGGUGCUUCCGUAUCCUUUAAUGAUGAAACAGAAGUGGUGUUACUCUGCACAAACAUGUUCAAGAAGGACUUCCAAGAUGCUAGCCCAUUCGUAGUUGGCCUUGCCAUCAAUUGCUUGGCCAAUAUCUGCACCACAGAUCUUGCGCGAGACCUGGUUGCUGAUGUUGUGCAGCUCAUGAACAGCAACAGGGCUUAUGUUAGGAAGAAGGCAGUUCUGGUCAUGUACAAGAUUUUUCUAAAGUUCCCUGACGCUCUCCGACCUUCGUUCCCCAAACUCAAGGAGAAAUUGGAAGACAGGGAUACUUCGACGGUAUCAUGCGCUGUCAACGUGAUUUGCGAGUUGGCCAGGAAAAACCCUCAGAAUUAUCUUGCGCUAGCUCCCAUCUUCUUCAAACUACUCACGCACACAGCGAACAAUUGGAUGCUAAUCAAAAUCGUCAAACUUCUAGGAGCACUAUGUCCUCUGGAACCACGCUUAGGCAAGAAAUUGGUCGAACCUCUUACCAAUUUGAUUAAUACCACACCUGCAAAAUCGCUUCUUUAUGAGGCAAUCCAUACAGUGUCAGUUGGUAUGACCCCUCAUUUGGAAAUUGUUCAGCUUUCGAUGGAAAAGUUGAAGGAUUUUGUUGAGGAUGAAGAUCAAAAUCUGAAAUAUCUUGGCUUGUUGGCUAUGGGAAAUUUCAUGAAGGUCCAUCCAAGGAUUGUAGCUGAGCACAAAACAAUGAUUCUCAAAUGUUUGAAUGAUGAAGAUAUCACGAUUCGCCAUCGCGCCCUUGAUUUGGUUUCAGGGAUGGUUACCAAGAAGAAUCUACAAGAUAUUGUUCGUAUUCUUAUGGAGCACGUUGACAACUCUGAGGGAAGUUUUCGGCAUGAUCUCGUCGACAAGAUAAUCGAGGUGUCGUCAGCAAAUGGAUACGCUGCGGUUACCAACUUCGAAUGGUACAUCACGACUUUGUGCAAGCUCGCCAGAGUUCCGGGUGUUUGUAACGGUCUGAAUUUGAAGAACCAGCUGAUGGACGUCAUCAUUCGUGUCAGAGCUGUUCGUGAAUUUGGAGUUGCGGCUAUGGUUGACAUUCUCCGCGACAUUGACAUGUUGUCUCAGUGCAGCAGGGAUCCUACCUCAGCUGAGGUGAUGUAUGCUGCUGCCUGGUUGGUAGGAGAGUUCUCUGACCUGCUCGAGGACUCAAAGAGAGCUGGAGUUAUGGAUUCUCUUCUCUCCAAGAGGGUGAUGUGUCUCCCAGAACAUGUACAAAGUGUGUACCUGCACAGUGCUUUGAAGAUUUACGUCAGCUCUGAUCUUCCUCCGAUGCAACAAGCACCUCAAGUCGCUGAAGCUGCCGCAGUCCCUUCAGGUGCCGUACAAGCGAGGCCAGCGAAUGUCCCCUCUGCUCAGCUAUACAACAUCUUGGACGAACGGCUUCCGGCUUUUGAGAAGAGCACGCUGCUGGAGGUGCAAGAGCGAGCCUGUAUCUGUCAUCACCUUUUGGAACUUGUAAAGGAAGCAGAAUCUCUUGGAUCCGAGACCAUUCUUCAAAGCCAGUUCGAGUCGAUGUUUCUGGACGAGCUGAAGCCCGUGGCACCCAAAGCUCAGUCAAAAGUGCCAGUUCCUGAAGGCCUUGACCUUGAUGCAAGAAUCCAUGACGUUGAACUAGAGGAUGAGCCAACAGAAGAUGAAAGUGAGCACUCAGCAAAUGAGCAAGAUGAGGACAGCGAUGGCGAGAAGAAGAAGAAGAAGAAGAAGGAAAAAAGUUCAGGAUGGACUGAGAAGGAACGCAAGAAGAGAAUCACGGAUCCGUUCUAUCUUGGUGCCAAGACCGCAUCAGAGGAGCAAGCUGUCUUGCUUGAUGCUCAGGAAGUGGAGGCUAUUCCGAUCUUCCAUCUCAGUGAUGAUGAAGAGGGGGGCAAGAAGAAGAAGCGAAAAAGCAAGAAGAAGAAGAAUGACAGUGACGAGGAUGACGGGCAGGACGAGCCGUCAACUCCGAACUCUUCGAAUGCUCCUCUUGUACACAUGGGAUACGAAAUGCCUGACGCGGAUGGCGAUGACGAGGAUGCCAACGAAGACGCAGGAGCAUCGCGAGAUGAACUUGCUGCCAAGCUUAAUGUGGACUUGUCGAAGCCCCUGAAGGCAUCUGAGAAGAGCAAGGAUCACAGCUCCAAACGUAAGGAUGAGACUGAGAGCGAAGAGGAGAGCGAAGAGGAGGACAAGAAGUCCAAGAAAGACAAGAAGAAAGACAGCGGGAAGAAGGACAAGAAGAAGAAGGACAAGAAAGAGAAAUCAGACAAGAAGAGUUCCAAGAAGGAUCGGGAGAGUCCGCGGGAGGAUCAGUGUCCCCGUCUCAUCCCUCGCUCGCUUGGGAGCGACAAGAUGAUCAAGGCCACUUACGAGGCCAAGGCUGCUCUCGACUCCAACGCCAAGGUGCCGCCGGUGAUAGUGACGGUCACUUUGACCAACACGGGAGACUUCACCUUGCAACCGGUCUCCAUCAACGUGACUACAAGCAUGAAUGUACGGCUCUCCACUCCUCCCAACGAGCUGCAGCUCCUGGGCCCUGGCAGCUCAGCUGAGAUCAGGAUGGAGCUGGUGGUCGCCAGCGUUGGCAAGCCGCACAAGGUCAAGUGCUCGAUCAAGUACGAGGCGACGGGCGAGGGUGCCCCGGCAGCUCCGAUCACAGUUCCCUGUGAGAUGCUCCUCCCUUGCUCCUCCUUCCUCGUGGCACGGGCGAUGACCCACGACGAGUUCAACUCUCUCAUCGGCUCCAACUCAACGCCGCACAAGUCAAGUGCUGUGAUCGAAGCCGGAGGGAGACCAUUCAAGCACUCCCUCCACCUCCUCGCCUCUCUCCUCAACCUGCGGGUCGUUCACUCUAUGGAUGGAGCCGCCUGCCUGUACGCCAUGUCGGUACUUGGCCACCAUGUCGCAGUGCUGGCGAAAGCGAAGGGAGGAAGCAUGGUUAGCGUUGACAUGCGAUGCAGCGAUGAGGCGCUGUGCCAGCAGCUUUGCAACGAAGUC